AUGGGCGCCACGAUGUCAGUCGUCAAGACCCUGAUCGUGCCGGCCGUCAUCUCCCUCAUCCUAUUCGUCGUCUCGACCUACGUUCUCCUACCCCUCUGGCGCAGAUGGCGCAGUCGCUACAGCCAGUAUCUACCCAUCGACACCAUAUCGACCUCGACUGUAUCAUUACGGCAUCGCAUGCAGAACGGCAUCGCACGACUGAUGGUGCCCAGUACCUGGAGGCGCAAUGCCCAUGAACGUAUUGUCAUCGCAGCCGACGCAUCCGACGAUGGAUUCACAUCAGAAGACGGCGAAGAGCUUGGGGAGGUAGGCGAAGAUACCCGGAGAGCCCUCGCCGAAGAUGCCCGGCGAGGCAGACACGACAGCACGAGACGCUUGAGUAGAGACCUGGAAGAGGGCUUUAGAGAUGACAGUGACGACGAAGAUGAUGGAACUGGUAAUAGGCGAUAG